GAGGACAAGAAGUUCUUCCGCAGGCUCCAGACAAUUUCCCUCCCCUUAGGAACGAGGCGGCGGUGCGUGUCCUGCGAGGGCGGAUGAAGGGCAUCCAAGGCCACUGUAAUUCCUGUUAUAUGGACGCAGCUCUUUUCAGCCUCUUCUCCUGCACGUCCGUGCUGGACUCGAUGCUCUUCAAGCCCUUCUCGCUGUGUGACAGGAAUGUCCAGAGCAUCCUGCGGGAUGAAAUCGUGAAUCCCCUCCGAAAGACUGGCUUUGUCAGCGCUCGGAGCGUGAUGCACCUCAGGGAGCAGCUCACAGAAAAGGGCCCGUGUUCAAGCUUUACCAACGCCGAGAAAGAUCCCGAGGAGUUCCUCAAUCUCAUCAUGCAUCAGAUCGUGGGAAUAGAGCCGCUCUUGAAACUGCAGUCAGGAGGCCAGGAGCAGGGAUGUUACUGUUACCAGAUAUUUAUGGACCAACAGGAGGAUCUGGUGGUUCCCAACGUGCAGCAGUUAGUGGAACACUCCUUCCUGUCCUCCAGGCUGAAGCUAGUGGAGAUCCCAUCUUGCUUCAUUAUCCAAAUGCCGCGGUUUGGGAAGGAGUAUAAAAUGUUCAGCAAAAUCAUUCCUUCCCUGGAGCUGGAUAUAACGGAUCUGCUGCUUGACAGUCCCAGGGAGUGCUGCCUGUGCGGCGCCGUCGCCACCCUGGAGUGUUGGGAGUGUUUCAAAGACAAGGUGUUUGCAGCCACGGGCCUGAAGCAGUUCUGCAGCUCCUGCUCCAGACAGGUUCACUCCCAUCACCGACGCAAAACGCACAAACCCACAAGGCUGCAAGUCCCGGAAGAGUUUCACAGGCAGAGUUUCGCGGGGAGCGGCCAGCAGGUGCCUCGCGAGAAGCUGGAGCUCUUCGCUGUGCUCUGCAUCGAGACCAGUCAUUACGUCUCCUUCGUGAAAUACGGCCCCGAGAACGAAGACUGGAUGUUCUUUGACAGCAUGGCUGACAGGCACGGGGAUGAAAACGGUUUCAACAUUCCUGCCGUAACGCUGUGCCCUGAAGUUGCCAAAUACCUGGACUUGCCGCUGGCUGUGCUGGCCCUGGAGCAGCCUCGGGACAUGGACGGAGUGGCCAAACGCCUCUUCUGCGACGCCUACAUGUACAUGUACCAGAGCAAGAAGAUGGCACUCUACAAGUGA